AAAGUCUGUCAUUUGACCCCCUGCCCUCUCCCCCCCCAAGCCUCCGCCAUCUUGGCCAGAGAGAGAGACGACUUCGGAGGCGACGGAGGCGACACAUCCGGCGAGAAUUGAGGGGCCAGAGAAUAAGGUCAAAAUGCCCGUUCGGGGGAACACAUUUAAAAUAUUUGUAGGGAAUUUAAGUGACCGAGCCACUGGGCAAGACAUUAGGGAAUUGUUUGAGCAACAUGGCACAGUUGUAGAAGCAGAUGUUGUGAAGAAUUAUGGCUUUGUACACAUGGAAAAGGAGGAGGAAGGCCAGGCUGCAAUUGAAGCACUAAAUGGCCACUCCCUACAUGGAAAGCCCAUGGUUGUUGAAGCUUCCACUGGGGCGAGAAAAGGCGGCAACCAGAAAACCAAGAUCUUUGUAGGCAAUUUGCACAAGGACACAAAAUUGGAAGAAUUGAAGAGUCUAUUUGAGGUGUAUGGCUCUGUGGUCGAAUCUGACAUUCUCACUAACUAUGCAUUUAUUCACAUGGAUGAUGAGGCUCAAGCCCAGAGAGCCAUCCGUGAGUUGGACGGAUACGAGUUGCAUGGUCUGCGGCUGCGAGUUCAGGAAUCCACCUCUCGAGUAAGACAGCAGGCCGGCAUGGGUAAUCCAGACAUGUGUUACCGGUGUGGUUCUGGAGGCCACUGGUCCAAGGAGUGCCCUCGCGACGGACGCAUGGGAGGCUCUCGCUACCCCGACCGCGAGAGGGGCGGCAGAAACUACGGCAGCCGCUACGACCCCUAUCCCCCACCACCCCCUCCAAGCUAUGCCAGAGAACGCAUGAUGCGAUACAGGGAUGAUUUUGACAGGUACGACCGCUAUGACCGCUACUAUGAUGAGGGUAUGUAUGAACGCCGCUAUGGGGAUCAUCCUCCCCCACCCCCUCCAAUGCUUGACGACAUCUAUGAGCGGCGUCUUCCUCCCCUUCCUCCUCACCCUGACUACCUGCGCUAUGGUCGUCGCUCUCCACCUCCUCGUUACCCACCACCGCCACCACCUCCAAUGCGUGGUUACGGCCCACCGGACCGUCGGCCGUACUAAGCGCGCGCCGUACGCCGGGACCACCGCCACUGAGCCCUCGUUCAUUGGUGCGGACGCGGUAGUGUGGCAUCAGCGUGUAUUUGUAACGUCUCGUGUAGCGUCCGUGUCGGCUCCGCCCGGAUCCGUAGCGCCGCCGUGGCUACGUCGUGCCGCGCUGCUCUAGCAACAAGGGAUGGGCAUACGAAGCUCAUUCAUGAUACCCCCCACGGGCAUUAAUUGCAUAUAUCAUUGUCAGUCCGAUUAUUAAAUCUCUUACUUUAGGGAUAGUAGUGAUUUUGAUUGUCAUGUCGAUUCUUUUUCCGUUAGUUUUAGGAAGUAUUCCCUAAGUUGCCUGUUUUAUAUUUUGGUUUGUGAUGUAGAUCAUGGACUCUUAACAUUAUAUUGUCAAUGUUGAAGCUAUUACAAAUAAAGAAAGAUAUCGUAAUUAUCACUCGUUUGUUUUACUGAGUAUAGCACUCCUUCGAGAUGUAAAACUUAUGUCUCAUAUCUAUAGUAAGAGCUUUCUUAUUGAUUGGACAAUGAUAGCACAUAUCUGUGUCCGAAGUAAGAGCAGUUGCCCGUUCGGUUGAUGUCGGUAAGUUACUACUUGGACGGAAAGUACUCAAAGGACUGAAGCCGCCUCUUUUUUUUUCAUUGCGGAACUGAAGUGCAGAGUUCUAGCCAGCCGUUUAAAAAUCUGAACCUCUGAAUUUCCUUCAGCCGGUAUUUAGCUUAAAACUACAAGUGGAAAUGCCAGUAAUUGGUUGAUUCUUUUUGAUGUGUGCUUCAUAUUCUCCCGGGUUACACACACAGGAUCCAGCUGGCCAGAGCACUGUAAGAAGAUUAAGUAAAUCACAUAAUGCUGUAUCAGUAUAAAUAGUUAGCUCAAAGGCCGGGAGCAUACCAGAAGCUUAAGGAAGAGGGUUCUUACUGAAUAUGAGACAUUGUGCUUCGACAUAUACGUAUUUGCCAUACUGGAAUGUUUCUGAUAUUGUGACAUAAAAUUCAUGUGAUCUAAUUAUUAGUCACUUGUAAUGAGAUAGCACCUUGUCAAAUUAUAUGCCAGACUAAAUCUUUUAUUCAGAGAAUUGAAAGAGAAUAAUGCUUUGUAGUUUAACUUUACCCACUGUGUCCCCAGGCGACUUCAGGUGUGACAGUUUUCGAGAUUCAAGGCAUAUAAAUCUUGCAUCACACUUAGGUAAGGUUGGUAAGUUGGACUGCUAGUGGCAUUAAUGACCUCUUCUGAAAAUGUAUGUUUAUGAAGAAUAGAUAGGAAUAUGAAUGUAUUUUAUACAAGUGAUGUGUUGGAGUUAUUUUUUAUUUUACAUUUGAGUAUUAAUGAUGUUUAUCAUUAAAUUAAUUGCUAUAAGUUUGGGGUUAGGCAUUUUCUUAUUUGAUCAUAAUUUGAUUGAUAUUAUCACUCAAAAUACAAAUUCAGAAAAAUUACUAGUCAAAAUUACUCAUGGCAGUGGAAUAUGAAUUCAAGUCAGGCACAGGUAGGAGUUGCUGAAGUGAUGUUGCUGAUUGGCUUGCUUUUUCAGAGGUCAUACUCAUCACCUCGAUAAAUGGCCUGUAAACACUAGCCAGUCAUCAACAUUAUUUUGUAUAUCAAUUUCUUUUCUGUCAGGAAGUCAUACAAAAGAGUUCAUAAUAUAUAUCUCUUUGGAGUUUUGAAGAUAAACAUAAGAAUUUGCGAUGGUAAAUUUUUGAAAGCUGGCACAUAACCAUUGGAAUGUAUUGCUACUAGGAUGUUAAUCAUUAUCAAUAAGAUUUUAGAAAUGUAGUUUGUUAAACUAUAGCAGUUAGGCUACAUACCCUCUAGUGGCAUUGUUUACAGACGGCAAUGCCUGUUUCUUCAUUUUUGCAAAAUUUUAGAUUUUCUGAGACUAAAUUGAUAUAGUUCAGUUUCAUGGAUUCAGUUUUAGCCACAGAUCUUAAUUUUACUUUUUUUUAACGAGUUUCUAAAGUCCAUGCAGAAGAAUCUAAAAAGUGGCAAUUUUGCUGAUCAAACUUGAAAACUUCAAUGUGGUUAUUUGCCAGUAAUGCUAUAUAAUCAUAUUCUUUGUGCUUCAUAUAUUCAGCAUUUCCAGAUAUAAUAAAUUCAGAUGCAUUUCUGCUUCCAAUUACUUUUUGAAAAAUAGUGGGACAGACCUAGGCAUUUGCUUGUGUCAGGAUUACUUACAUAAUCAGAUUUAUGAUAGCAUAAAAAAUACUGCAGUGGUAUAGGUGCCAUUACAUAUAACAAUCUUUUAAUAAAAUUGUGGUGGCUGGUAUAGAAGUUUAGAUGGGGAAAAAAAAGAGAACAUUAAAAUCAUUUGUAAAUUAUUUUUGUUUUCCCCUCAGGCCAUUUUUACCUUUCAUAUGUUUACUUUGCAAUGCAUUUGCAUUUUUUUAAAACCUUUUCUGAAAGAGUUUGUAUUGAGGGGAGGGGUAGGUCUAGUACUGCCAAAGGGGUAAGGAGCACAGUCAGUGGGUGUUUGAAGUAUGGAUAUAUUUCUAGGCAAGUUAAACUAUUUGGCCAUUUUCAUAGUCUUCCUGGUUAUAGUAAUGGUGCAUUUUGUGUAGCUUUUGCAGCUAGGAAAUAUUUGAUUUACUAAUAAUUACUUGAAAUCCCCCUCUUUUUUUUAAGAAAUGGUGAAUUAUCCCUUUUCCUUGACAGAUACUUUCAAAUAUAAAAGGGUGAAGGGACAGUUAGUAAAUUACAUUUAGAUAUGCAAAAAUUGAUAGCAGCCACUGCUUAAGUUACCGUUUCCAUUGGCAGAGCAGUCUACUAAGUCACUAAGGAGUCAAUUACUAUUUCUAGUUAUCACACCCAUUUUCCCCUCUAUAUUAAUAAUAAUAGAUAAAUAUUUAUUUAUUUUUUUGAUGUGACUAAUAAUUUCAUGGAUAUAAGUGUUAUUGUUAACAACAUUGGAAGUUUUUUUUUUAAUGAAAAAUCAAGGAAUGGGAAAGUCAAGUGAUUUAAAAUAUUAAUGUCAGUAAUAGAGAUAACAGGGUUAGUCUAACAAUAUUGAAAUUUUUUUCUGUAAAUUCAGGUGAUGUCAGAGUUUUUAAUUGACAUCUUGGUGACAGAGCACUUGUAUGUCAACAAAAUUAUAAACCAGAACUACAGUGUACCAGGCAGCAAUAGAUUAACAGAAUAAUUUGAUAUUUUAACCAAUUAAACCCAUCAGUAAAAAUGUUUGAUCAGCAUUCAGGGAUUUCAGGGUCACAGCAGAUAAUGAAUGUGCGCUUUAUUUUAUUUAUUUUUUUUGUCCGAUUGUCAGGAAUUACAGGUAGACAUUCAACAGGAAAAACUGAAAAGCGCCAGAGGGUCUCCAAGUAAGUGUGUAUGUGAAUUAAGGUAAAGUUUUUUUUUUUCUUCUUAUAUAUUAGAUUAGUUGAUUUUAUUAGUGUAGCAUUUAAUAAAAUAGUUUAGCAUAGCAUUUCAGAAUAGAUUAGAAGGAAAAUAUUUUAGUGUAGCAUUUCAGUAGGAAAAAGUUUCUCCUAAAGUUUUCUAUUUUAUUUUAUUUUUUUGACUAGAUAGUAGUUAUUUUUCAAUGGAAUUCAGGUGUUUUUAAAAUUUAAGAGACCAUAGCCAGUGAUGUAAGAGGUUAUAAUAAGUGAGUUGUGGUAGGUAUAAAAGCAGUAGAUACACAGAAGUUUGAUAUGAUACAUCAGGGAACUUGUACUAAGGUGGUCUAUGGUAUUCCCUUUCUGAUGUAUUGACAAAUGGUAUUUGUUAUACAUUUCAAAAAUAAAAUCAAUGAAGGUA